GUCCCAGUACAAUGGUCGCGAUGGGAUGAUCGCAACUUGCUUCGGGCAAGGCCUGCUCAAGAAAUUUUCAGUGCCCACCAUGGCGACAAACAAUGAUUCUCCAUGAACGGAGAGUACAAGAAUAAAUCAGUUCCGUUCCCCUGGAACUGCAGAACCAUACAAUCUCUUGUAGCUUUUGCAGUUGAUCUUUUGCGACACUUCCAGUCAUUAUGGCUACUCAACAGGUCCAAGAGAAGGAUGUGGCCAUCGAUUCCAAUGCUGCCGCUACAGCACCUGAUGUGAGCGAUUCUGAGUCGCAGAAGGAGAAAGAUCUCGAAAGCCAUAAGCAGCAUGGCGUGGCAAACGUCGAGGCCAUGACCAGAGUGUGGACAAAGAAGGCUUUAUGGGUUGUCAUUGUACUGCUUUACGGUGUAUUCUUCGCUAUCGCGUUUAUGCGAAAUGUGGCUUUCCCCCUUGAACCAUAUGUCACUUCGGCGUUCAGGAAACAUGGACUGCUUGCUAUCGUCAGCAUUGUUUCUACUCUGGCCGGUGGUGUCUCCCAACUCGCGAUCGCCAAGUUGUUCGACAUCUGGGGUCGCCCCCAAGGAUUUGCCGUUGCUGUUUUCCUUGUCCUCAUGGGUUUGAUUCUAAAGGCAGUGUGCCAGAAUGUCCAGACCUAUGCCGCCGGAAAUGUCUUCUGGUGGGUUGGAGCCACAGGUCUUUCAUAUGCUGUGGAUGUCUUCGUAUCGGAUGUCACAUCCUUGAGGAACAGAGGCCUCGUCUUCGGUGUCAACAGCACUCCAGGUCUCGCCGCUAUCUUUGCUGGACCUGCUAUCGCUCAGGAGCUUCUUCAACACUCCAGCUUCCGCUGGGGUUACGGACUCUUCUGUAUUGUCAUCCCAGCAAUCACCAUACCAGUCAUCUUUGCGUUCGCGCAUUACGAAAGGAAGGCGAAGAAACUCGGCGUCGCACAUGAGGCGGGUGCUGGUCGCACUGCGUUCGAGUCCAUCAAACACUAUGUUAUCGAAUUUGACGUGAUGGGAAUGCUCUUGACCAUCGCGGGCUUCUCUCUAAUCCUCCUUCCUUUCUCUCUCGCCUCCGGUGCCAGUCACAAAUGGGCAAAUCCUAGCAUCAUUGCAAUGAUCGUUGUCGGAGUUCUCUGUCUUGUUAGCUUUGUCAUUUGGGAGAAAUGGUUCGCUCCUGUCCAGUACCUGCCGUUCAGAUAUCUCAAGGACCGUACGAUCCUGGGAGUCUGCAUCUGUCGUUUCGCCUUGUACAUCACGAUUAGGACUUGGGAUAUCUACAUGUCCUCAUACCUCCAGGUGGUUCAACAGGUCAACGUCAGGAACGCAGGAUACAUUAUGGACACGUACUCCCUUACAGCAUUUGUAGUCAUGCCUAUUACCGGAUUGGCGCUGCGAUACAUGAAGCAACCUAAGUACCUAGGCAUUGCCGCCAUCCCGCUCAUCGCCCUAGGCACCGGCCUACUCGUCAAGUUCCGCGUUCCCGGCCAAAGCUCCGGACUCAUUGCGAUGUGCCAGGUGUUCAACGGAGCCGCAGGAGGUAUCCUCGACAUCCUCAAUCCCAUCAUGGUGAUGGCCUCCGUCUCUCACCAGGAAGUCGCUGUCGUCCUCGCCCUGACAAGUAUGUUCACAUCCAUCGGCUCCAGUGUCGGAUCCGCCAUAUCCGGCGCUCUGUGGACAAACUUGCUUCCCAAGAAGCUUGAGUUCUAUCUCCCAGAUGAGUUCAAGAAUGAGACAAUGACGAUCUACGGAGACUUGAAGGUUCAGUUGAGCUACCCGUAUGGUAGCCCUGUGCGCGAGGCUAUUGUUCAUGCGUACGGUGAUGUGAUGAGGUUGAUGGUCAUCGCUGGAGCUGCGUUCGUUCCGCUCGUCGCCGCAAGUAUUUUUGUCUGGAAGAACCUUCAUGUCAAGGAUAUGAAGCAGACUAAGGGAACUGUUUUCUAAGGGAUUUAUCCUCCUUAGGAAUCCAAUGCUAGUCAUUGGUGCUAUCCAUUGGACCCUUUCAUAUGGCUAUCGUUCGUUUUGGUUGGGGGACUUAAAGGAUAUUACUUAUCAAACCUACCUACUCAACGUAAGGUCUUUCAAAUAGCUAUGUUGAUUAUCAAAUAGUCAUUAUAUGGCUUCAGAAGCGUCUAUCUCAACUCGAUGUAAUCAAUAUCAACAGACUUUAU